UUACAUGUUUAAAAAUCAUCCAAAAGGCUUGUUUUGUGAUAUCCAUUCACGAGACUCCGGUUAUUUAAUUGCAUUUCCAUUAAUGAGUUUGAGUUCUUUAAUGUAAUAGAAGAUAUGCUCAGAUAGUUCCCCAAAAUAAAAAGAUAUGCUCAGAUAUGUACAUAUGAUAUGCUGACAAACAUAAACCAGCUGAACUGAUGGAUCAGUCCUUAGUAAUUUCUGGGCAGUACUUAUUGCAGUGCCGGCUGUUAGAGAUCUAUGCUAUUGUCCAUUGGGUGAUACAAAAGCAUGUCCUCAGUCUUUAAAUGCUUUCUGAUGAGUAGAACCAUGUGCCUUUCUUUAGUCUCCAAUAACUCAACAAGUUCUUAUUCUGAGAGGUUGUGUAGUAACUAGCAUAUUCAAGUCCAUAUUCAGAGUGAAGAGAAACCUUGAGUCUCAGAGAGUAUCCAAGAAUGGCGAGAACAACAUUCAACAAUGGUGGUAUGGAGGAAAAAAAGGGCCCUACGUUCUUCAAGAUCAUAAAAACCGGUUUCAACACUGAGGAUUUGAGAAUCCCACCCAAAUUCCGGAGACACCUGUUGAAUGAACUCUCCGACAGGGCUACUUUGAAUUUAAUGGAUUCUUCAAAUAGUUCAUGGACUGUUGAUGUGAGCCAAACAGAAGGGGAGAUAUAUUUCAAGAAUGGAUGGCAGAAGUUUGUAAGAGAUAACUCCUUAGGUAACUUUGAAUUCUUAGUAUUUAGGUAUGAGAGCGAUAUGCAAUUUAGCAUUGAGAUCUUUGAGAGAAAUGCGAGUAAGAGGAUCACGUUUCCAAAUGUCAGAACACACAGACAAGCUGCAGGUAUACACACUCAAAGUUGUCAAUCCAACAAACUCAAAGAGGUUAAAGAAGAGGAGGAAGAUUACCAAGAUAACAAAGAAGAAGAAGCUGCCACAUUGCACAAUUUAGAAGGCCCUGCGUUUACAAGCAUUGUUGGACAAAACUUGUAUAAUUUGGCAGUUCCUACAGACUUUUCUAUGAAGUACUUUCCUCUGGGAUACUACACCAUUGUCCUGAAAAAUUCAGAGGCAAGAGAAUGGGAAGUAAGCGUUGUGCCUAAUGGGAAGGAUGCUUCCUGUAAUACGGUUAAACUUUCUGCAGGAUGGGCUGCUUUUAGACGUGACAACCAAAUCAACUCCGGAGAUACUUGCACAUUUGAGCUUGUGGAAAGCAAAACAAUGUUGGUUCACAUUGAUCCUAAGUGAUCAGUGUGUCAAUUCACUGUUUUCUUGCUGAUUAGACAAACCUAGUAUUUAGUUAGUGGC